GUUUGAUUACCUUUAAAAUACUCGAUGUUCCCAAUUUCGAAUGUUUAUUCUGGUUUCUUCUUUGUUUAUGGUGCUUUAUCUAUGUUCCCCUAUUUUCUUCUCGUGACCGAUGAUGUAAGUUGCGCGGAACUUUGAUCGAUUACUCCCGUUUAAGAGGGGGUUUUGUCGUCGGUGAAUUUUCUUAAACCUUGGUUUCAUCUAUUUAUGAGUGCGCUAUUGCAAUAGUCAUCAAAUAUUAUUCCCGUGCCUAUCUGCUUCUCCCCGGAGAUUAAUGUACUCGGAUGUCUCCCUGAAAUCUUAUUCCUUGUGACCGACGUUUUUAUAUGAAAAAAGUUUGGAUCGCUUAGUUGUUUGUAGUAUGCACUGUGUCGCAAUUUUUAUGUUUUGUGAUCAUGUUCUUUUUUCUCUUUCUUAAGCAUCGAAUUUUGAAAUUUAAGCGAGCGCAAAAUUGAGUAUGUUUGAAGUGAUGGACAUAGAGGGAAGUGAUAGUCAUUCCUUGUCAAGGAUUUUAUGCUAAUUCUAUUUGCUCACGUUUCUCAAAAGCCUGCCAAGUUAGACAAACCCUCUCUAUGAUUGAAUGCGCGAACCAUGAAGAGACUCGUAUUCAUACAAUUAAAGAAACGGAAGACCUCGUCGCCUCCUUUCCAAGGAACUUCAGAUUGCUGGAGGAACUUGAACGGGGAGAAAAAGGUAUUGGAGAUGGCACAGUUAGCUAUGGAAUGGACGAUGGUGAUGACAUAUACAUGCGCUCUUGGACUGGCACCAUUAUUGGUCCCCAUAAUACUGUACAUGAAGGACGGAUUUAUCAAUUGAAGCUCUUUUGUGAUAAAGAUUACCCAGAGAAGCCCCCAAGUGUUCGAUUUCAUUCACGGAUUAAUAUGACCUGUGUUAAUCAUGAAACUGGAGUGGUUGAACCAAAGAAGUUCGGUGUUCUUGCAAACUGGCAACGAGAGUACACCAUGGAGGAUAUACUGACCCAGCUGAAAAAAGAAAUGGCUGCUCCACAAAACCGGAAGCUUGUCCAGCCUCCAGAAGGUACCUACUUUUAGCGUCCAACGACUUGUAGGGGAUAUACGUAUUGCAUUUGUACCGUGCAAUAUAGUUUGCAAUGCUUUGUGGAUCUUAAAUUAAAGAACAUGAGGGGAAUGCCCCAAAAGGUUUCAUCCUUCCCUCCCCAUGGCUUCAAAGUUGUUUUGUCAUUAGACUUUGUCAACUGUGUUGAAGGGAUACUGUUUGAUGGGAUGUUAUCAGUGUGUCGCGUAUUGGAAUUUAACUGUUAAAAGCAAUAUUUCAAUUGAUAUAAGAAUUAAGGUAUAACAUUUUAUUA